AUGGCCGAAUUCGACCUCUCUGCCACCUUCAUCCCCUCCUUGCACAAACCCUCCUCCCUUCUUCCCAUUGCUCGGCAUAGGGAAACCCUCCUCUAUCUCAUCGAGACAUAUCCCGUCACUAUUGUCGUCGGCCAAACUGGCUCAGGGAAGACUACCCAGAUCCCCCAGUAUCUCGAGCAGGCAGGAUGGUGCUCCGAUGGCAAGAUCAUCGCCGUCACCCAGCCUCGUCGAGUUGCAGCAACCACGGUUGCAGUCAGAGUGGCAGAAGAAUUUGGCUGUGAAGUAGGCAAAGAAGUCGGGUACUCCAUCCGAUUUGAAGAUGUCACGUCGUCAGCAACACGCAUCAAGUUCCUGACCGACGGACUCCUGCUGCGAGAGGCUCUCGUCGACCCCUUACUCUCGCGGUACUCCGUCAUCAUGGUUGAUGAGGCUCAUGAACGAUCUCUGAGCACAGAUGUCCUUCUCGGCGUCCUCAAGAAGAUCCUGAAGAGGCGGCCAAAGGAUCUACGGGUCAUCGUCUCCAGUGCGACACUCCAAGCUGAGGACUUUCUGAGAUUCUUCACGGCUCAUGCAGAAUCCCGGCCCAAAUCUGCGACAGACGAUGCCAUGACUCUGGAUGAUUUAAUAUCAGGUAGUUCAAAGCCUAAAGAUCCGGUCUCUGAUGGUGACAUUGGCCGCAUCAUCAAUCUCGAAGGGAGGAUGUAUCCCGUCGAUGUCCUCUACCUUGAAGCACCUGCGGAAGAUUAUGUCGAGAAAGCCGUUCAGACGGUCUUGGACAUUCAUACGAAGGAGCCCGAUGGUGACAUUCUCGUCUUCCUCACAGGAAGAGAGGAAAUAGACUCGGCAGUCCAAGCGGUUUCGGAACGAGCAGCAAGACUUCAUCCCCGUGCCCAAGCACUGAUGCCACUGCCGCUUUACGCUGGGCUGUCAACAGAGCAGCAGAUGUAUGUUUUUGAAGGCGCACCGGAGAAUACAAGAAAAGUGAUCUUCUCUACCAACAUUGCGGAAGCAUCGGUCACGAUUGACGGAAUCGUGUAUGUAAUAGACACUGGCUUCGUUAAGCUGCGUGCCUAUCAUCCUCUGACAGGUAUCGACACCUUGACCGCUACCCCCGUCUCGAAGGCAUCUGCCACCCAAAGAGCGGGUCGUGCAGGUCGAACCAAACCUGGAAAAUGCUACCGGCUUUACACCGAGGCCGAUUUUCAAGCCUUAGAUGAAGCCACAGUGCCUGAAAUACAGCGAUCGAAUCUCGCACCCGUGAUCCUCCAAUUGAAAGCGCUCGGGAUCGAUAAUAUCGUGCGGUUCAACUUCAUCACCUCCCCCCCUGCGGAACUAGUAAUCAGAGCUCUCGAACUCCUUUUUUCCUUGGGCGCUCUAGACGACUAUGCCAAACUGACCAAGCCCCUGGGAGUCAGAAUGGCAGAAUUGGCAGUCGAGCCCAUGAUGGCCCGAACCCUUCUCUCAGCAUCCUCGUUCGGCUGCCUGAGCGAGAUCCUCACCAUAGCCGCCAUGACAAGCUUGGGUGGCAACAUUUGGUUACCCCAUGACGGCGAGAAGAAACGGAUGGAGACCGCACGCCGUAAAUUCGCAGUUGAAGAAGGUGAUCACAUCACACUCCUGAAUGUAUAUCAAGCCUUCGUGGGCAAGGGCCGCAAGGAAGCGAGGUUCUGCCACGAUAACUACAUCAAUUUCAAAGCCAUGACGAGGGCAGUCAGUAUUCGCGCCCAGCUGAAGAGGUACCUUGAGCGAUUUGGCAUCAGCGUGGACGAAUCUCUCUCUUCGAAUGCAAAUAAGCAGCCGUUGUCCAUCGGUGGCCCAGAUACAAGCGAGCAGAUCCGACGGUGCUUGACCACCGGUUUCUUUGCGCACGUAGCGAAGAUGCAGCCAGAUGGCACUUUUAGGAAUGUGGCUGGAGGAACGAUCUUGCAUGCUCAUCCGAGCUCGUUGAUGUUCAAUCGGAAAGCCGACUGGGUCAUCUUCCACGAGGUGAUGGAGACGGGGAACAAGACUUUUAUCAGAGAUGUGACGAAGAUUGAAAAGGGAUGGUUGAUAGAAUACGCGCCGGACUUUUACAAAAUUCGAUAA